GAGUCCUCUAUAACCAUGGCUUUAUUAAAGGGCUAUGGGGUGGCCAUUUUAUUAUGUGCUAUCCUUGCUGUAAGCACAGUUCAAAGUUUGAAGGAUAGUAGUAGCAGCAGCUCUAAAGCGUUUGGCAGCAGUAAGGCUGGAGCACUUGGAAGUUCUAGUGACUCUGGAGCGACUGGCAAGAGCCGAGGCUCAGGCGGCGGUCUUGGGCUUGUGGGAGGAUAUGGAGGUUCCCAAGGUGGCUUAAGUGGUGGAGGUGGUUCUGGAAGCCAAGGAGGUUCUGGCGGUUCUCAAGGUGAUCUCAGUGGAUCAAGUGGUGCUGAUGGCGGUUCUGGUGGUUCUGAAGGCGGUGUUGGAGGCUCAAGCGGUUCUGGUGGUAGCCAAGGAGGCCAUGGAAGCUCAGGUGGCUCAAGUGGUCAGUCGGGCUCUGGAGGUUCGCAAGGAGGCUCAAGUGGUUCUGGAGGCAGUCAAGGAGGAUCCGGUGGUUCCCAAGGGAGCUCUGGUGGGAGUCAAGGUGGCUAUGGAGGGUCAAGUGGAUCCAGUGGGAGCCAGGGAGGAUCCGGAGGAAGUCAGGGUGGUAGUUCUAGCGGGAACCAAGGAGGGUCAAGUGGAAACCAGGGUGGUUCUGGAGGCGGAGGGAGCUACGGUUCACGAGGCUUAGGAAGUGGCAGUGGAGGAAGUGGCCGAGGUGGUUCGGGCGGCAGUUAUGGUGGUUCUGGAUCCGGUGGUUCGAAAUCAGGUGGAUAUGGCCACAAAUCUGGUGGAUAUUAAUUUUUUAUUCAUCUGGUAUUCCACAUCAAGGUUAAUGUUUCUUAAACGAGCUAUAUUUGUUUGUAUUUUGCAAUAAACUAUAUUGA